AUAUGAAAAUGAGAGACGUGUUAAUAAUAUGCGGAUAAUAAUCUCAAUUUCAUCGUAGCCAUAGAAAAAUACCCUCUAUCAGCUUAAGUAUCCCUUCCCUAACAUUCAUUCACUAACUCUGGAAAAUCCAUGGCUACCACCACUACAUUGAAGCUCACACUGUUCUUAACUAUUAUCUCAGUUUCACUGUCGGGUAUCCUGUCAGUCUUUCCCCCAACAUGCGAGCGAAUAGAGUGUCCCACCUAUGAAGUCAUACAAGCGGGAAAUGGCUAUGAAAUCCGCCGCUAUAAUUCAUCUGUUUGGAUUUCCAAUUCUCCCAUUCAAGACAUUUCUCUUGUUGAAGCUACAAGAACUGGUUUCAGGAGGCUAUUUGAUUACAUCCAGGGGAAGAACAACUACAAGGAAACAAUUGAGAUGACAGCACCUGUGAUCUCUGAAGUCUUACCCAGUGAUGGACCCUUUUGUGAGUCCUCAUUUAUUGUAAGCUUUUAUGUACCUAAAAAGAACCAAGCAAAUCCGCCUCCUGCAAAGGAUCUCCACGUUCAAAGAUGGAAACCUGUGUAUGCAGCGGUUAGACAGUUUGGUGGAUUUGUCAAAGAUACAGACGUUGGUGAGCAAGCUGCAGCUUUGAAGGAAAGUAUUGCCGGUACUAAGUGGUCUUCUGCUAUUGAUCAAAGCCAUAGAGCUGGUCAUGCUUCGAUUUACUCUGUUGCUCAGUACAAUUCCCCUUUUGAAUUUGAUAAUCGGGUAAAUGAGAUAUGGUUCUUGUUCGAUUUGGAAAAUGGAGUGCAUCGUGCCCCUUCCGUUAUGUAAGUUUUCAAUGUGAAAGCAAUAUGUCUAGUGCAGUCUUAUGUGUUACUUAAGACAUGUUGUUGAAUAUAUAAAUAAAGUGCAAGCUUGAAGUAUUUCACAAUGCUUUCAGCUUGAGUUUUUGGUUCAUGUAAUGUUAAACUUCUUUUAGUUGGCUACACUUGCAAAAUAAAAUCAUUAGGAAUUGAUAUGACUAUUGAAGAACGAGUAAUGACGAGGAAAAAAAAAAGACACUCUGAUGUUUAGAUUGCUCCAA